AUGGGCUCCACAGAGACGAUGAAGGCACUUGUUUUCCACGGCCCGUACGAUGUGAGAUUAGAAGACCGGCCGGUCCCGCACGUGAUAGACCCGACGGACGUGGUGGUCAAGACGACCUCUGCGGCUCUGUGUGGAAGUGAGCUGCACCGCUACCGAGGACACUCAAAAAUCAACAUGCAGCCCGGAUACAUCUGCGGACAUGAAGGGAUGGGCAUCGUGCACGAGGUAGGCCACGAGGUGCGGAACUUCAAAAGGGGCGACAGGAUAAUUGCCCCGUUCACGAUAAGUUGCGGCGAAUGCUUCCACUGCAAGCGGGGAAUCACCGGCCGCUGCGUCAAAUGUAAAUCGUUCGGAUCAGUGGCACUUGACGGGUCACAGGCGCAGUACUUCCGAGUACCACUGGCCGACUCGACGCUGUUUCACACCCCGCAGGAAGGAGACCUCGGGGAGCUUUUGAUCUUGAUGACGGACAUCUUUCCUACAGGAUUCAACGGGGCACGGAACGCCUUUCGUGAAACCCCCAGCGACCUGUGGAAGGAUAUGACCGUGGUCGUGAUCGGGUGCGGGCCCGUUGCGCUGUGCUCGAUCAUUUGUGCACGCGAAUAUAAACCGGCACGCAUAAUCGCGAUCGACUCGGUCCCGGAUCGCCUGCAACGCGCCCAGGACCUGGGCUGCAUCCCGCUCAAUUUCAAGACGGUCGACGUGGUCAAGGAGGUCAUGAGGCUGACGGACGGUAACGGUGCCCACGCGGUCAUCGAAGUGGUCGGUCUGAGUCCUGCGCUGAAGACAGCGUACGAUGUUAUUUGUCCCGGCGGGAAGAUCAGCUCUGUCGGGGUUCAUAAUGGCGAGCUCCCCUUCACGGCCGCAGACUGUUACAACAAGAACGUCCACAUCCAAUUCGGCCGCUGUCCGGCGAGGUACGUGUUCAAGGAGGCUCUGCAGGCACUAAUCCGGAACAAGAGCACGAUCGAGAAGAUGGAAUUCAUCGAUGUCGUGCUGCCUGGCUUGGAUGAGUCGUGUGUGGAUGCAUUGCGGCGCUUCGAACGGGCGGAGGUCAACAAGGUGGUCUUUAAACCGAAUGGAACGGAUGCAUAG